UCCCAGCACAGGAAGGACAUGGAGCUGUUGGAGCCAGUCCAGAGCAGGGACACCAAGGGGAUCAGAGGGAUGGAGCAGCUCUGCUGGGAAGAAGGGCUGAAAGAAUUGGGAUUGUUGUGACUGAGUGUGUGGCCAACUGAUUGUUGUUGGGUGUGUGGCCUUCCAGUGCUUGAAGGGAACCUACAGAAAGGAUGGAGAGAGACUCUUGAAAAGGGUCUGGAGGCACAGGACAAGGGGGAAUGGCUUCACACUGAAGAGAGGAGGGUUAGAUUGGAUAACAGGAAGAAAUUAUCUCCUGUGAGGGUGGUGAGGCCCUGGCACAGGCUGCCCAUAGAAGCUGUGGCUGCCCCAUCCCUGGAAGUGUCCAGGGCCAGGUUGGAUGGGACUCUGGUCUAGUGGAAGGUGUCCCUGCCCAUGGCAGGGGAUUUGGAAAUGUAUGAUCUUUCAGGUCCCUUCCAAUCCAGCCAUUCUAUGCUUUUAAGAUUCCUAUCCCUGUAGUCCCAACCCUUCAACUCCCAUCAGAUUUUCAGAUUCCUGCAAGCCACUCCUUUGGGACAGGAGUGCUCCAAACUGCUGAUAUGUGUUGCUAGGAGACAAUAAUGACUGGGUACUUAAGAGAGAUAAAAGAUUUGCCACAGCUUAGGGGAGGGGUACAGCUGACUACUCUGUUUCUUAUCUGGGGUUUUUCUCAUGGAGGUGUUAAGACUAAGGUGUAGUAAUGGGCUACAUUGUAAUCCUCAUGCAAAUGAGGAGGAGUUGUUAAGUAUGGUGGGGAGAAGUUCUCUUAAGAUUUGCAGUUCUUUUGGCAUGUACUUUUGUUGUUCCAGUAUGAUUUUGAACCUUUUUCUGUUGUCCCUUCAAUCCUCCUCCUCUUUUGUGGUUGCUGGCUGGCAGCUCUGUCUGACAGGGCUGUUGAAAUGUGGUGGGGUUUUUUUUGUUUUGGGGUGUUUUUUGGGUUUUGUUUGUUUGUUUGUUUGGUUGGGUUUUUUUGGUGUUUUGGUUUUGGUUUUGGUUUUGGUUUUGGUUUUGUGAGGAUUAGGACUCCUUCCUUCCUUCUCCUUCACAGAAAUUUGAUUUGGUAUAAGGGCUUUACCAAAUCUUGUAAUUGCCUGCAUGAACUGUGAAUUUUGCAGCUGUAGUUUUGUGAUGUUGAAGUCCCCAUCUUGUCCCUUUUUUCAUGGUUUCUUAUGAAAUAGCCAGAACUGGCAGGUCUGAGUUCUGAAGCCAAUUCUGCAGCUCUUGCCUUGUGUGGUUCAGUCCUCUCUGCUGUUUUGUGGAAGCAUUCAGUCUCAACUGUGGGCAAAGAAAAAAUUAAAAAGGAAUUGCAGAUUUGAGUGCUGCAGGGUAUACUGUGAGUUUGUUUCUUAGGAACAUGUGUGUCUGCAAGUGUAUAGGAAUAGGUUGUAUGUCUUUAGUCUCACUAGUAUAUCAAAAUUGAAACAGGAACGGCUGUUACAAAAAAUAUAUUUUGUUGAAAGAGUUCUUGUCUUAUGUUGUAAUGCAAGAUGUAACUGAAGUAUGUCUUCUGUUAGCAUCUGUUACACCAGGUGGGGCAGUGUUUCUUUAUCUCUUGCAUGACCCAUCUCCCACCCAGGGAGAUUAUCUGCUGGUAAUGGGCCAUCACUGCCUGACUGAUAAAAUCACAUCAUCCCAUUGUGAGAUGCUCCACCCAGAGGGAGGAGCCAAGCAUUCCUACCUGGAUAAAAUCUGAGAUUUGGAACUGCUUGGCAGCCUUUUCCACUGGAUUCCCAGAGGAAGACUGGACCCAUCUGUGCCACCACUGGACCUUCAGAGGAAAACGACACCCUUCUACAGGAUCACUGCUUCAACUGAACCAGAUCUGUCACUCCUGCAGGACUGCAGCCACCAUUUAUUCAGACUGCUGCCUACACCCAGAGCGGCAGGGUGUCAGGUUGUAUUCUGACUCUGCCAGUGUUUUGUGUACUCCUACAUUUUAUUUGAAUUCUCCUGGAAAGGGACUGUUGUUCCUGUUUUCCUGAGAGCAUGGCAGUGCUGCUGGAGACCGCAGUGGGUGACCUGGUCAUCGACCUGUACACGGAGGAGCGGCCCCGUACUUGUCUGAAUUUCCUGAAGCUCUGCAAAGUCAAGUACUACAACUAUUGUCUUAUUUAUAAUGUACAGAGGGAUUUUAUGAUCCAAACUGGUGACCCCGUGGGAACUGGCUGUGGAGGGGAAUCCAUCUUUUGUCAACUGUAUGGUGAUCAAGCCAGAUAUUUUGAGGCAGAGAAGUUGCCCAGAAUCAAGCACAAGAAGAAGGGAACCGUGUCAAUGGUGAAUAAUGGCAGUGGUCAGCAUGGAUCACAGUUCCUCAUUACCACAGGGGAAAACCUGGAUUACCUUGAUGGUGUACAUACAGUGUUUGGAGAAGUGACAGAAGGCAUGGAUGUAUUGCAGACAAUCAAUGAAACCUUUGUAGAUAAGGAUUUUAUCCCAUAUCAGGAUAUCAGGAUCAAUCACACAGUCAUCUUAGAGGAUCCCUUUGAUGAUCCACCUGGCUUGUGUGUUCCAGAUCACUCACCAGAACCUACAAAGGAACAGCUGGACAGUGGCAGAAUAGGAGCAGAUGAAGAAAUUGAUGACAUGAAAGGACGGUCUGCAGAAGAAAUGGAGGAAGUUCAGGCAGAAAAAGAAGCAAAAACUCGUGCUAUUCUUCUGGAAAUGGUGGGAGACCUACCAGAUGCAGACAUCAAGCCACCAGAAAAUGUGCUGUUUGUGUGUAAACUGAAUCCAGUGACCAGAGCUGAAGACCUGGAGAUAAUAUUUUCACGCUUUGGUCCCAUUAAAAGUUGUGAAGUGAUGCGAGACUGGAAGACUGGUGAAUCUCUUUGCUAUGCUUUCAUAGAGUUUGAAAAGGAGGAAGACUGUGAGAAAGCCUACUUGAAAAUGGACAACGUGCUGAUAGAUGACAGACGGAUCCAUGUGGAUUUUAGCCAGUCUGUUGCAAAGAUGAAAUGGAAGGGAAAAGGUGGGCGGUAUACCAAGGAAUGUUUCAAGGACUAUGAGAAGGAAUGCGAUAAACCUUCAAAAUAUGCUCUGAAAGAAAAGGUAAAACCAAAGCAGGAUGCCAAGUAUGACCUGGUGCUGGAUGAAGAUGUAGAAAAGUGUCACACAAGUCAGUCACAUUUAGCUAAAAAACACAAGAAGAAAAAGCACCACUACUCUGAAGAUGAUGAAAAGAGGAGCGAAAAAUUGAAGUAUUCUGACCGAAAGCAUGAAGAACACUGUAGGGAUAGGACCAAGGGUAAGAAGAAAGACAGGCAUCGGAGCCGCAGCCAUUCUCGGGAGAGAGAUUACACUUACAGUAGGCAAAAAGGCAAGUACAGAUGAAGGACAAGGAAAGGAAAAGACAGAGGGGAACUAAUGCAAUAAAUUAAACCUUUUUUUUAAAAAAAGUAAAACAACAAAAAAUUAAAAAAUACAAAAACCCUCAAAAAAAACCUUGCAGCCAAACCAGGGCAGGCAGAGACCUGCUGUGCCACCCCAUAUCUACAACAGGUCUCUUAAAUGAACAGCAAUACCUUACUCACAGCUGGCUGCAAUCUUCCUUUUGCAACUUUGUAUAUUCUGUCUCUUAAGUCCUGUCUCACCGCCCAGUCCCAGGUUAGGCUUAGCUCAUUUCACCUUCUUCAUUCAUGACAGGCUGUUCAUCCACAUCAUUCACAUCUUUGGGGUGAUGUUGUAAUGAAUCACCCCGGACUCCGUUCUUCAUGCAGGAAAGGCCAAAUUUUUAUUCACACAACUCAUUUUAUAGUUUUCAAAGGCCUCAUAAGCAAUUCCAAAUGCUUUAUAGUUUUCUCACCUAUUGCUCUAUUGAUUAAUAAGGGGCAUUUGACUUGUCCAUCAAAUCUCUCUAUUUUUGAAUUCUUUGCGUGUUUCCUUUACUGAUUUUCAUGGGACAGAUUAGUUGUUUACUGCAGGUACACAUGUUUUUCCCCCCAAGGUGAGAUUGUUAUUAACUGACUUUAAUUCUUCUGUUUUGAAGGACACCCAUCCUUCCUGGACUCCUUUGUUUUUAAGUGCUGCUGCCCAUGAACUCUCAACCUUGAAUGUAUAAAAGGUGUUUUCUUUAUCUCUUCCACCACCCAUCCUCCCUCCAGGGAGAUUUUUUCUGUUAAUGGGCCAUUAAGGCUCACUGCAUGAGUGAUAAAAUUACAUCAUCCCCUUGGGAGAUGCUCCACCCAGGCGGAUAAGCCAAGCACUCCUACCUGGAUAAACCUGGGAUUCAUAACACAGAGACAGCCUGUUUGCACUGGAUUCCCAGAGGAAGACCAGACCCAUCUCACCACCACUGGACCUUCAGAGAAAACUAUCCCCUUCUACAGGAUCAUCUCUGCUCCAGCAGAGCCACAUCUGUCACUCCAGGAGGACUUAACUGCACUGCUACCAGCACCCUGACCCACAGGGUGUCAGGUUGU